AUGGAGGAUGUUAUUGCUUGUAGUUUAUGGAGUAACACGAAUGUAGGGUUCUCUUUUUCUAAUUCGAUUGGGAGGUCGAGAGGAAUUAUAAAUCUUUGGAGGAAAGAUAGGGUGGAAGUUCUUCAUAGUUUUAAAGGAGAGGGGCUCUUAGGGAUAAAGGUGGGAUGGAAGGAGAAUGUUUAUUAUGUUGUGAACAUAUAUUCAUCGUGCUUUCUAAAUAAGAAGAAGGAAUUAUGUGACAAUUUGCUAAUGUUGAAAAAAACUUAUUCGGAUGGGGAAUGGAUUAUUGGUGGUGAUUUUAACGCGACUAAAAGUUCUAUUGAAAGGAAAGGGAGGUCGGAUAGGGAGAUGGAGACGGGGUCGGAGCUUUUUGCUAAGUUCAUUGAUAAUAGUGGUUUGGUAUGGGGAGUAGUUGGUCAACUAGUUGGGGAAAGAGACAUUUCAGAUCAUUGUCCAAUGUGGGAAUGGAAGAAAUUGGUGGUGGAAGGUAGAGGGGACUAUGUUCUUAAAGAAAAGCUUAACCGGAUUAAAGAGAGAUUAAAAGGGUGGAAUAAGACGGUUUUCGGAAGAAUUGAUUUGGAAGUGGAGGAUAGUGUGAGAGACAUCAACGGUGGGGAUUCAAGGUUGGAAGAUUCGACGGAGGAAAUGCUUGGUGAGUCUCUCAAUGGUAGGAAAGAAGCAAAUAAGAGGUUUUGGUUGAACUUGAGGAUAAAGGAGAAUAUGCUUGUUCAAAAAUCAAGACUUAAAUGGCUUAAUGAAGGAGAUUCAAAUAGUAGCUUUUUUCAUAAAGUGUUGAAAGAGAGAAGAAGACAUAAUCACUUAGGUCUUAUUGCUACAUAA